AUGCCGCAGAAAUCACGAUGGAGCGUUUCUGUUCCGGAGGUGGACAUUCCUACCUAUCUUUUCGGCUCCCCUACAGCUCCACUAGGCGAUGCUCUCGCCUUUGCUGACGCUGAAGACCCAGAGACGCUGUGUAUGACCUGGACUGAGCUCCGUCUCUGGUCCCAGCGGUUAGCCGCAGGAUUACAAGCCGCGGGAUUAAAAGAAGGCGAUCGAGUAGUCAUCCUCAGCGGCAACGAUGUUCUAUUCCCCGUCGUGAACCUUGGCAUUAUCAUGGCCAGUGGCAUAUACCAGUCCGCGAAUCCGCACUCCAAUGCCCGCGAGUUGGCGUACCAGCUCAGCCUCACCACGCCGAGCUUCAUGCUGGCGAGCGAAGCAACUCUAGCCUGCGCUCUGGAUGCCGCCAAUAUGGUAGGCAUGGGGCGGGAACGUGUUUUCGUGUUUAACGAUGCUCCGCUCAUCAAGGAUGACGGCGGUGAUGAUAAUUUUAUAACUGAAGUGAAGCAUUGGAAGCAUUUACUGGCGCAGAAAGAGGUCGGCAGGCGCUUCGUUUGGAAGAAGCUAACUCCGGAAGAAUCGAAGUCCACAACCGUCUAUACAAUAAUGACAUCUGGAACCACUGGUCUCCCCAAAGCAGCGGAGGUUUCACAUUAUGGCAUUAUCGCAAACUGCGUUCAGACAGAUUUUAUGAUGAGCCUUGAUCCCAACCUUUGCACGAAAGAGCUGGUGGCCAAAAAUUCUAGGUGGCUGUGUACCAUUCCCCUCUACCAUGGCCUGGCACUGUGCUAUUUCUGCACCAUCUCCAUAGCGAGACGGGUUCCCUCGUACAUCAUGCGGCAGUACGAGAUCAACCGUUUGCUGGAAAACAUCCAGAGGUUUCAUAUCACGGAGCUGCACCUUGUGCCGCCCAUCAUCGUGGCCAUGACCAAGCAUUCUGCGGUGAAGAGUGGAAAGUAUAACAUCAGCAGCAUCACCAAGACUUUCUCGUGUGCUGCACCGUUAGGUCCAGAACCGACUUUCCAAUACGAGUCACUUUGGCCCCAGGGACACGUAAAUGUUAAGCAGGGCCUUGCAUCGACUGAAUCCUGCUGCAAUACUAUCGGUUGGGAUCCUACCCUAACGGCAGUAGCCGGCUCCGUUGGAGAACCUAUGCCGAACUGUGAGAUCAAGUUGAUGGAUGAUGAGGAGAAUGAGGUUGCGCCGGGACAAAGCGGGGAAAUAUGGUUCCGUGGUCCGAACAUUAUGAAGGGUUACUGGCAAAACAAAAAGUCGACCGAUGAGACUAUUACCCAAGAUGGAUGGUUGAGGACAGGAGAUGUGGCACGCCAGGACGAGAAUGGGUGGUAUUAUGUCGUGGAUCGGAAGAAGGAAAUGAUCAAGGUGAAAGGCGUCCAGGUGUGGCCUGCUGAGCUCGAAGCAAUCCUUCUCGGCCACCCUGCUGUCAAUGAUGCUGCCGUCAUCGGCGUGAGAAAAGACGACGAGGAGUACCCUCGUGCCUAUGUUGUGGCAGCGCCGGGAGCUUCCGUUUCCGUGGACGACAUCAUUCAAUUCGUCAACAACAAGGUAUCAACGGUUAAGAGACUCACAGGCGGUGUUGUCUUCACCGACGCCAUCCCCAAAGCUCCGUCUGGGAAGAUUUUGCGACGAUUUAUCAGAGACGCUAUCGCGAAGAACUCGAAAUUGUAA